AACAAUACCAUUAAAACAAAUAAAAUCCUAACCAUUUGGUAGUCAUACUUUUAAAAAUAAAUUCCCGAGACAAACUUUACAUUAGCAGGCCAUUCAUGGUUAUUCAGAUCAUACUUUAACAUUCAGUCCUACUCGCGUCUAAUUCAUCGAAGAAUAACUUUUUCGAAUUAUUGUUAAGUAAUAAACUAAUUAUGAUUUAUAAUGUGGAGAUGGAGAAAGUGAAAAAUGUGCCUCUAGGGAUAAAAUUAUCCACAAAAGAAGAAGUGAGGAUGAAUGGAGGUUCAUUUUUUGUCACUAAAAUUUCACGACGAAGUGUUUACCUGGGAUCACUUGGUCAAGAAAUUCAAGUGGGAGACGAAAUUCUUCAGAUCAUGUUCGACAGUCCAGAAGUAACGAUUAGCAGUGAGCACUUCUUAAGCGAUAAAUUCGAAAUCUGUCACCAAAUAGUGGACAAAGUAAACAGAGGCACAUUUUAUAUGAAAUUGCGACGCAGAGCACACCAAAACUCGCCACAGUAUUUAGUGGAUAAUUCACUCGAAAGAGAAAUGUCCAAUAGUUCUUCGGAGUAUUCGCUCCCGACAGAAGAACGAAAGUACCAUCGGUCGGCGACAGCAGAACAACUUGCAGAAAAAAGGAAAAAAGGAAGAAGACGCGUAUUGCCAGACCCUCCCGAAGAGGAACCAGAAUCAAAGAUUAUGCUGGACGCCUCACAGAUGAAGUUGGUAGAUAGAGAAAGGGCGAUGGCAAUACAUGACGACGACACCAGCAAUGAACAGCAACAGAUGCUCCCUCCCCUCAUUACAGAUGAAGAGUUCCAGAAAGUACCACUGGCUACGAUAGGAGCUGGAUACACUUCUGAGUACUCGGGGUCAUCACUGGCGGAUAAAAUUAACCAAUUUAAAGAUCAAAUGACUUCUGGAGAUCUUAUGCGAAAGUAUCUGUCUGUUCCACUUGAGGUUAAAGGGGAGACACAACAUGCAGGCAGAAUGUCAAACAAUAUAUUACACAACCGAUACCCAGAUGUAGUACCGUAUGACUCAACUAGAGUGAUUCUUAAGAACGAGCUGCAGGAUUACAUCAACGCCAGUCACAUCAGACUAGUCGCUUGUGAAGAAGCUUCCUAUCAUAAUCCCACUGGUUUGGAGAAGAGCCAUCUUGAUGAAACAGUGGAUGGUGUGGCUGUCAAUGGUCACAACAGUUCAGCAGGCAGCGUCUUGAAAGGGACUACCACGGAAGAUAAGAUCUGGUUCAUCGCAGCUCAAACUCCUCUUCCUGCGACUACUUCCGUGGCUCACUUCUGGACUAUGGUGUGGCAAGAGCGAGUGAAGGUGGUAGUCAUACUCAACGACCACAGUGACUCAAAACACAGUCCAGAGAAACAGAACAGCGACCUAUUUUGGCCGAAGGAACAGAGCAUCUGUGCUACAUACGGAGGGCAUCGUAUUCAACUGGACUACUCGCAGAAACUGGAACAUUUCUCAAUACACAGGAUACAACUGCAUUCUUUUUUGACGGGUGUCGAUCGCAAAAUCCUAUUACUACACUAUACCAAUACCAACUCGACGUUCGAAAAACCACACUCCGAUUAUCCUUCAGCCGAGAGGACUUCUUCGAUUCACGACUUCAUUCGGUUUUGCAACUUUGUUACGAUGAACACGCACGACUCUUCGCCUCUUUUAGUGUCAUGUAAAGACGCAAUUGGUCUAACGGGAAUUUUCAUUGGGCUAAUUCAAGUGUUCAAAGCCAUUCAAAUAGGACAGAAAAUAAAAUUGGAGGAAAUUUUGCAGAAAAUGCGGGAAUGGAGGCCCAAUAUGAUCUACAAAGAAGGCCAGUACGCAUUUUUUGCUGAGUGCUAUUACGAGAUUCUUUCAUCGCUGAAACCUUGACAAGAAACAGUCUCAAAAUUAUGCCAAAAAAAGCGGCCAGUAUAAGAGUAGAGUCCAAAAACAGAAAGGGUCUAAUUAAAGAACGAAACGUAUAACAAUCUCGGGCCACCAUCCUGGCAACUAUCGGCAUAGAGCGACGACGCGGGCAGAGUCACCAACCACCAUGCCACUGACAGAGACUUUUUUACUAUAUCAUAACUCUUAUUCUGCAAAAUAUUUUAUUUGCAUUCUGCUUUUGAACCAUUCGAAAAUUAAAAAAUUU